CCACAGGACAAGAUGGCGAUGAGUCUCCUCGGAAAGUAUUCUUGGUGGAAGGAUCCAUUUCUUGGUGUUUAAGAUAACACCUGCCCCCUAAUCCAAGGCGGUUUUAAAGGAUCAAUGUCUCGAUCUACUCGUGCUGAUGAAGAUGAAGAUCCAGGAGGUGUGCUGCAUUACAAAGCAGUAUUGAAGAGUAGCAUGAUUGCAGAUCAUGCAAUCCAUGCAUGCAUGAAGAAGAUGUUGGCUUUGUAGCUGGUAGCCCGAGACAGUCGCUCUGGAGGGUUCCUCGUUCGGAAAUUCUGUACGUGGAACUUGACUCUUUUACAUACCACAACGCUCUCAGAGUCAGAACAACAAAAAGGGCGCAAGGGCAUGAGUAUGAUCUGAUUGUCAUUUCUUCAGUAUCAAGUAGUUAGGUAGUGUACAUCUAUCAGCGGAGCUUUAAAAAAACCUUCACCAGCUUUGCGAGUUUACGAUACCGAAGACACUUUUUGUUUUUGUCGCACAAAGUCCAAGAAAGACUAUAGCAAAAAUAUGUCGAAACUACAAAGUGAACACUGUAAACCCGCGCCCUCCUCGUCCUCCACCUCGUCCGGCGCAGUCGGAGGUGGAGCUCAACCCCCUGCUGCAGAAGCCCCACGUUAUUCCGGCACGCCGAAGGUUUACUGCCUGGGCGACUCGCUGACGCAGGGCGGGAGCCACAACAACGAGGGCUGGGUGACGAAGCUGCAAAGAUAUUUCUUGCGGAGGGCAGAUGUUGUGAACCGGGGUUUGUCGGGGUAUAACGCCAGAUGGGUCAGGCGGUUCAUCGAAGAUAUGCUAGAGAAGGACUUGGGACGACCAAGAAGUAGAUUUGGAAACGAUAAAGAGCAGAAGAACACAGAGCAUGAAGAUCCACCUCGUCCUGCUGCCGAUCAACAUGAAGAUGCUAAACCGUUGUUCGCCACGCUAUGGCUCGGUGCAAACGACGCCUGCCUGCCCGAGGCAGGGACGCAGCACGUCCCGCUUGGGGAAUUCGCGGAAAAUUUGGAAUUCAUCGCAAAAUUGCUUCUCGACGAGUACGUCGAUAAUUUAAUCAUCCUCACUCCGCCGUGCAUCGCCGAGCAGCAACGGAUCCGUUUCACGAUGAACAGUGGCGCUGCAGCUGCUGGAGGUCGUCCUGCAGCGGGGGAUAGUACUGAUCCAGCUGGAGCUCCUCCAACCCCCGCAACUCCUGGCGACAACGCUGCCCAAUGUGAGCAGGAGGAUGCUGUUGAGUCGGAGGACAGCUGCUCCAUCGACCGCGUGAACGAAGUAACGGUCCAGUACCGGGACGAGGUUCUUCGACUGGUCGAGAAGUUGAAAGCAGAAAUAUCAGCGGAAGAGCCGAAAAAUGGCACAAGUUCUACAUCAAGACAUGGAAACAUCAAAAAGCUUGCCUGCAUCGACACCUACGAGCUGUUUUGGGCGGAGCGCGCGGCGAUCCUGCAGCUGGACGGCUUGCAUUUUGGCUGGCAGGGAGAGCAGAUGAUUUUCGAAGAAGUGGAAAAAAUUGUCAGUCAAGAAUUCGGCUUCGGAGUUUUGCCCGACCCAGUCACCCGGCAUUUCGGGCAUGGCAGAGCGGUGGCCGAAAACUUGCCGAUGGUGUUGCCCUACUGGAACGAUCCGCGCUUGCGCGUCGAGUGAGCUAUUUGUCAUUCCGCUUCUUUCCGCAGCAUUGCUUUAUUUUUCAACUUUCUGAGUACUUACGCUUACGCACGUAUUUGAGACGACCAUGCUUCUUUCAGACUAAGAACGACGUGUGCUGAAUAAGUAGCUGAUUGCCGCUACUGCUG